UAUUUGUUAGUGAAAUAAAAACCUUAAGUGGAGGAGUUUGUUGCGGUAUUCUAGAGACGACUACUUGUUCACGCUUAGCGCCAAGUACUGUACCGUUGUGCACCAUGUCGGCGAGUGACCGAUGGUUUCGCCGCUUGAGGAACCGAAGAGUAGAUGAAUUCUUUAUGAUCCUAAAUCCAUCGCAAACUGUAACUAAUAGCGAGCAGAAUAAUGUGUACCCAUCUGGCUCUGGAGAGAGCACUUGGCGCAAUCAACUUGACGCUGCUAGUGGGAGCUCAUUGUUCAGCCAUGUUGCAUCGGAAUCCGACCAACGUGAGCGGCCCAGCAUCGAGCACGACGCCGUGUUCUGCAGCAGUAGUUCGGAUUCGGAGUGCCUACAGGAGCAAAUGAAGCAAACGAAUGUGCAUCAAGAAGAGCAACCUGAGGUAGACGAUGUCACGCCGUUAAGCGACCAAUUACAAGCAUGGGCCAUUCAGUACGGCUGUUCCCACAGCUCAGUUACUGCCCUUUUGAGAAUCUUGCGUGGUCAUGAAUGUUUUUCUUGUCUUCCACGAUCAGCAAGAACGCUGCUAGAAACGCCCAGAAAGUCAUUAAACAUAGUCAACAUAGCUGGAGGGCGGUACUGCCACUUUGGUAUCGUGCAACCUCUUCGUGAACUGCUAGAAAUAGCAAAGGAUGUACCAUUGGAGCUUGCUCUCAAUUUUCACGUUGAUGGGCUCCCUCUGGCAAAAAGCUCGAGAAAACAAUUUUGGACGAUACUUUGUCAUGUAAAGAAAAUCGAAGCUCAUGACCCUUUUGUUGUGGGUGUCUUCUUUGGCGAGAAAAAACCAGAUGAUGCAAAUGAGUUUCUUCGUCAGUUUGUUGAUGAAGUUAAGGAAAUCAUUAGCUCUGGCAUCUGUUUUGGUGCACAGGUUAUACCUAUCAGAAUAAAUGCCAUCAUCUGCGAUGCACCUGCAAGAGCAUUUAUCCUGAGUGUAAGAAACCACACUGGGUACUACAGCUGUACAAAAUGCACUGUGAAAGGCCUCUACAGUGAAGGGAGAGUGUGCUUUCCGGCAAAAAGUGGGAAUCUGCGCACUAACACCACAUUUCGAGGCCAAUUUCAAGAGCAACACCAUAUUGGCAAUACAGUUCUUGAGGAGUUGCCACUUGACUUGGUCAAAGACGUGCCACUGGAUUAUAUGCAUCUUGUGUGUCUAGGAGUCAUGCGAAAACUGCUUCUGUUGUGGUUUCGAGGUCCCAAGCAGAUUAGACAAGGGGCUUCUGCACAAAAUCGCAUUUCAGCCAAGCAAACAGAGCUUUCUCUUUUUGUACCAUCUGACUUCAAUCGACGUCCAAGAGGUCUACAUGACAUAGAUCGCUGGAAAGCUACAGAAUUCAGGUUUUUUUUGUUUUAUAGUGGUCCACUGGUGUUGUUUUCUGUAGUGCCACAAGGGAUGUAUGAAAACUUUCUGUGUCUUCAUGUAGCAAUAACCAUACUUGCAUCACAAAGCGCAGUAGCUGCCGAGCUCGACUAUGCUGAGGAGCUUUUGAAGUUAUUUGUUAGAGGCUUUGCAGAAAUAUAUGGGCAGCACCAUGUAUCCUAUAAUGUACAUGGGCUAUGCCACCUUGCAGAUGAUGCAAGACAUUUGGGGCCACUGGACUCAUGGAGUGCAUUUCCGUUUGAGAGCCACAUGGGCACCAUCAAGAAGCUUCUAAGAAAGCCGCAGCACCCACUGGAGCAACUGUCAAACAGAAUUGUUGAAACAAAGAAGCUUCAGUGCAGAAAAAAAAUGACUGUAAGCAGUUCCCACCUGCUCACUGUACAACAUCAAGAUGGGCCUCUUGUGCCUCUUUGCCAAAGGCCACAGUUCAAAAAAGUGACGUUUCCAGAAGGAAUUGUCUUAGACACUAGUAGGAGGAAUAACUGCUGCAAGCUCCUUGAUGGAAGUGUAGUUGUGGUGGAGAACUUUGCCCAUAAUGCACAAGGUAUGCCAUACAUAAUUGGAAGGAAGUUCCUGAAGAAAGAUGACGUAUAUUUGACACCCUGUCCCUCAUCAGCACUGGGAAUAUUGAUUGUGUCCAAGCCUUCUUUGCUGCGGUGUUGGCCUCUGACAUGGGUCUCAGAAAAAUGCAUGCGAGUUCCAUUCAAAAAGAAGCUGGUUGUAUUUCCUCUUGUGCAUCUGAAGAUGUAAAUGAUGAAGAAACUCCUGUAUGUAGAAUUGUACAAUACGUAUAAUGUUUUUCUUUAAGGUGAUCAAUAUGCAGUCGUCAAGUUUCCAGAGGAAGGCAACUCUGUGGCUCUUGUACAUACCAAGUGGCUGCAUGGCGAUGU